CGGUGAGGUCAGAUCUGCCUCAACGGCAGCUUUGACAUCACAAACCCCCUUAUCACAAGAACAACUUUCCGCUUUGAAAUACCAGAUAUUGGCAUUUAAGCUCAUAUCUCAUAAUUUAGAAGUCCCUGCGCCCUUACAACAAGCAAUGUUCUCCCCUGGACAAUCUCAGGGUUUGUCUGCUCAAGAAAUAACAGGAACUCCUUUAACUGGAAAACUUGUUGAAGCGUCAUAUAAUCAUCAUUCACGGACAUCACCAAACCCAACAGCCGAGGCAGUGUCUUCUGCCCAAGCAUCAGCCUCGACACCUCUUUAUAAUGCCUACACAAAUCCUUUAACUUAUCUAAAACCGGUCAAUACCUAUUCUCAUGCAUCCCGUCAACAAAGAAUGUUAAUACCAGCAAUAAUGCCAAUUGGGCUAGAUCCAAAUGAGAUUGCUGCAGAGCGAGAGCGUCAAAUAAAAGCCCGUGUUCAGCAAAGAAUCUUCGCACUCGAAUAUGAACUUGAAGCGGGGUUGUACCAAAGUAAAGGCGAAAAAAUAAAAAUGUCAAUUGAAUUGAAAGGAUUAAAAUUGCGUCAAGAAUUUAUUAAAGGCAUGUCAAAAUCUACAACACUGGCUACAACUACAAAUCGUUCUGGCUAUAGAAGGAUGAAAAAACAGUCGAUGAGUGAUGCUAGGAUGACAGAUAGACUUGAAAAGCAGCAACGUGAAGAUAGACAACGAGUCAAAAAACAAAAACAUUUAGAUCGAAUACAGAGUAUUUGUAACCAUGGGCGUGAUUUGAUUCUAUGGCAUCGUUCAAGCCAAACGAAACAACUUAAGUUUGGCCGCGCAGUUAUAAGUUAUCAUUCGCAAGUUGAGAAGGAAGAACAGAAGAGAUUGGAAAGAUUAUCUAAAGAACGUUUAAGAGCUUUGAAAAAUGAUGAUGAAGAGGCUUACUUGAAGCUUAUUGAUAAAGUUAAGGAUACAAGAAUUACGCAUCUGUUAAAACAAACGGAUCAAUAUCUAGACUCUUUGGCCCAGGCUGUUGUUGCUCAACAACGUGACGAAUUACACAAAGACCCUACUAAUGGGAAGAAGGUCGAUUAUUAUGCUGUUGCCCAUAGAAUCAAGGAAGAAGUUGAACAACCAUCUAUAAUGAUAGGAGGAAGUUUGAAAGACUAUCAGGUCAAAGGAUUGCAAUGGAUGGUAUCACUAUAUAAUAACCGAUUGAAUGGUAUCCUUGCUGAUGAAAUGGGUCUCGGUAAAACGAUCCAAACCAUUUCUUUAGUUACGUAUUUGAUAGAAAGAAAAAGGCAAAACGGCCCAUUUUUGAUUGUAGUUCCGUUGUCUACAUUAACAAAUUGGACACUCGAGUUCGAUAAAUGGGCCCCAACUGUAAGGAAGUGUGUCUACAAGGGUGCACCUAAUACUCGUAAAGAACUUCAACAACAGUUUAUCAAACAUGUUGAUUUUCAA